AUGAAUUAUAAAAACACUAAUGAAGAUACUACUCCUUGGGAAGAAACUUCAAUUAGCGAACAUAAAAUCUAUCAACCUCUUGAAGAUUACUCAGAACUGUUGGAAUUGAUAGGGAAUUUGCGAAGUUGUACAGAAUCCUAUAUCCAAGAUCCUAGUGAUAUGCUUGCAAGCAAUCUAAUUGCAAUUCUCGAAAAUCUAUUUGAAAUCCUUAGUAAUUUUGAUAUGCCAUUUCCAGAAAUCGCAGUUGAAAAUGAAUUUUAUUAUACAAUACUCGAUUUACUGACAAGUAGUCCUGAUAUUAACGUUUUAUAUAAUGCAUUUAUUUGCUUCGGCAUCUCUUUAGAAAGAUAUCCAGAAAUAAUUCAAUAUUCAUUUUUUAAUUCACUUCUAUCACAAGUUCUUAAUGAAAUGGACGAACAUUUUAGCAUCUUGAUAUCACCAGGAACUAAAAUACUUUGCCUUGGAAUUACUCAUUUCAAUGAUAUUGAUAUAGAUAUGCUUACUAGAAUAAUUGAACAAAUGCCACUAUGCGAGCAACAUACAAUGCUUGUUCAACUAGUUCAAAAAUUAGGAAGUAUUUGGUAUAACGAAAAUGAUCCUGAUUAUUUGAUAAAACUCAACCAAUAUCUUAACCUUUUAGAAAUAUUGAUAUCAGAGAAAAAGAUUCUAACACCAACUGUUCAACUUCUCAAAGAAUUAUUUGUUCUUGCAAAAAACAGAAGCCACAGGAUACAAAUACAGCAUAGUGUUAUUCAUACAAAUUCAGUUAAAAUUAUAUUUACUUUCAUUGAAGAAAUCGAAGAAAAAUUCAGAUUUGACAUUUUAUCUUUAAUUGAAAAAAUAUUGAGAAAUAAGUGUGGAUAUAUAGGUAUUGGAGUUUUCUUUACAUAUAUUAAGAGCCAUAUUCAAUUCUACUUUGAUUUGACAGAAGAAGAAAAUCCGGAAGAAAUUCAAAUCCAAGCGAACAAAAUUCUGUGUCAUUAUUUCAUGUAUGUUGAAGAAAACCCGAAUUUCCAAGUAGAAGAAUGGCUUGUUGUUAAAAUGUACGAUUUAAUUAACCAUUCAAACUUCAAGGUCAAAAAAGAUGCAGUAAGAACAUUGAGUCAACUUACGAGGCGUUUAACUGAAGAACAAGUUGAGUAUGUUAUUGAUCAAGGGAUUUUAGAUUUCUUUUUAGAUAUGUAUGAUUCUGAAUCUGAAGAUAUACAAAUGUCAAUAUUAAGCGGAUUUAGAAGAUUAACGUCUAAUGGAUCAAAACAUGUUGCAGAAGCAAUUAUGGAACUUGAAGAAUUUUUCGCUGAAGCUGAAUUAGAAAGUGAGGCUAAAGCUAGCCUUUGUUACCUUAUUCACACAAUUGUUGUGAACAAGCUACAAGAAGAAUAA